GGUUUUCUUCACUUUUCAGCGUUUCUGGGGAGGGGGCGCAAAGCGUUUCCUUUUUCCAUUUGCAUCAUGCUUCAGCGGAGCCACAGCCGGGGCUGCCUGAACAUUAAAGCGACCAUCCAUCUGCCGGAGGAACCGCGUCGGAACCGAACCCCUGCAGACCAGCGCAAAGCAGGACGCGCAGCGGACAUUACAGCAGAAACUUAAUUUGGACUUUUACAAGCCCGAGUUUGACGUCAUUUUCCCCGGGACGCCAGGAAAAGACAGGAGGGUCAACAUGGAAGUGUUUCCUGGGGGAAAAUGAAGGAUUUUCUCCACUUUCAACACGAAGGUUAUCCGAGGAGAGUGAAAAAAAAAACCUCAUUUAAUGGCCUGAGCGCUAAAGUUUUUCCAGAUGUCUCUUCUGAUGCAAGCAGCGGCUGCUUUCUGAAACUCUGACACCCGAAAGGAUUCCUGCGACUUCUCCUGGGUCCUCAGCUGGUUUCACAUCAAUGAGAGGAGAAGCUCCGACAAGCUUGUGUCUGAGGAGAGCUGGGCUGGUUGGGGAUGCGCUCCGAGCCGAUGGAGACACAAUAAAGCAGCUGUUAUGAAAAUGUUAUUUGGGUGAAGUCUGCGGAAGCUGACCAGGGAAGCCCAAUGAGUGGCACACAGCCAGCACUCCCUGACAGGACCCCAAGCAUUCUCAAAAAGGACCUCACAGACAAAAAAACUAAGAAUGGGAAAUCCUCUGUCUCCCUUAAACAUGAAUUUGACCCAACAGGUCUUGUCCAGCGCUGUGUGAUAAUCCAAAGAGAUGAAAAUGGUUUCGGUCUGACAGUGAGUGGAGACAACCCCGUGUUUGUGCAGCUGGUUAAAGAAGAUGGAGCUGCAAUGCGAGCUGGUGUCCAAACAGGGGAUAGGAUUAUCAAGGUUAACGGGACUUUAGUUACUCAUUCAAACCACAUAGAGGUUGUGAAGUUGAUCAAAUCGGGUUCCUAUGUUGCCCUGACGGUCCUGGGUAGGCCCCCAGAAUUUCCCCAGAUGCCCCUGGAAGAGGCGAAGGAAGAGCAGGAGAAACAUGGUGAAGCCGACACGCCUCCCUGUCUUUCAGCCCCAAACUCGCCCACACCGUCAGGCGGGGAGCAGAGCAGCUUUUUCAGUGGGAGCCAGUCCUGCAGCCCCCAGAACCACAUCACCUGCACUCUGUCUGAUGGGGAAGAGGUUUCGGGGUCCAGGAUAUGUGAUGAUGAUGAUGAUGAAGAUGAUGGGCCUCCCCUGAAGGAACAGGCCGCACCUUUGAGUGGUGAAGACGGCCCGCUAGCCAACAAAGAUCCUCAGCACAGCAUUCCCGCUCCAGAGACGCCUGGAAAAAGGGAAUCGCCCCUUCAUAGUCCAGACGUGAGCCGCGGGGAUGACUUGAAUUUCUGCUCGUCCCCCGACACCGAAGACACCCCUGACACUGACUCCAGUCUUCAGUCGUCUGCAGCGAGUCCUCCGUACACCAUAAACCCCCAGAUAAUCGGAGCGGAGGACGAUGAGUUUGUGUAUCAACAGAUUAAUGGCGAGUUCAGCUGUUUUCAGAGUAUCGACUUGCUCAAGUCCCGACCGGCUCAUCUGGCGGUCUUCCUUCAUCAUGUGGUGUCGCAGUUUGAGCCUGCUCCUCUGCUUUGUUAUCUCUACGCUGAAAUGCACAAGCAGACCAGCUCCAAGGAAAGUCGUCGUUUCUUUAUGGAGUUCCACUCCCUCUUCUUAGAUAAAACAGCAAAUCUGAAAGUACCAGUUCCUGAAACAAUUGCAGCAGAAUUUGAGAAGCGGAGGCUGGAGCUGAUCCCAGAGGAGCUGUGUAAACAGUACACUCAGGUGUUACAGGACUCCCUUCUGUCGGACCUCAAUAAGAACCUGGAGGACUUCAGGCAGAAGCGCAGCAUGGGUCUGACGCUGGCCGAAGACGAGCUGUCCAGGCUGGACUCGGAGCGAGGGAAAGACCAGCCGGCGCUGGAGAAGGAAUGCUCCUGUGCCGAACACAUCCUCACCAAGAUUGAGGACAUCCUGCCGACGACUCAGUCCUCAGAAGAGGAGAAGUGGCAAACUAUGCAGUAUGUGAUUCUGACCUAUAUGAAGCACCUGGGGGUGAAAGUAAAAGAGCCUCGCAGUCUGGAACAAAAACGUGCACGCAUGAAUUUCCUGCUCAAAAUUAAGAGAGGUACCAAGCCUGAAAAGGAUGGUGACGAAAAGUUAAAGAGGUCUCGGUUCUCGAACAUCCUUGUUCCUCAGCGGCGUCCGAGCAGAGUGGACUCAACCUCAGUGGGUAAAGCUGUGGAGCUGAAUAAGCAGCGCUCCCCGAAGCCUCAGCCGGCCUUCGUCAUCCCAGAACCGGUCGACCAUCCCGCCACCAACUCUGGAAGAAGCCGAGCGAACCAGCUGAGCCAGGGAUCGGACACCAGCAGCCAGUCCGUUGUCUCCGCCGGCUCCCUGGGUCCCGGCUCGUCUGACUCCACCGGCCAGGAGACGGACUCCAGUGUUUCUCCGUUCUGCGUCCAGCCAAGACUCAGCGAUGGUCUGCAGUCUGGAGAACACCAGGACGGCCUCUCCAGUCCGACCAGCACCCAGUUUGACUUCGGCCCGUCCAAUCUGGACCACCGAGAGGACGACCAGGACGCCUUCAGGAUGGAGGUUCAGUCUGACAUCCAAAGCGAGGACGACCAGGCAGGAGAGGUGGAGAGCGAGGAGGACCCCCUGAACUGGCAGAGACUCGUCAGCCGAGGCGUCUUGGCGAGUCUCACUUCAAAGGAAAUCAAGCGGCAGGAAGUCAUCAAUGAGCUGUUCUACACGGAGCGGGCUCACCUGCGCAUGCUGCGCGUCCUGGACUGCAUCUUCUGCCAGAGGCUGAACAGACACGGCAUCCUUCCGCCUGACGACAUCAAGCACAUCUUCAUUAACCUGGAGGAAAUCAUUCAGCUGCAUGUUUCCAUAACAGAGCAAAUGACCGCCAUCAGGAAGAGGAGUGAGACCUCUGUGAUUGGUCAGAUUGGAGAUGAUCUCUUGGCGUGGUUCAGCGAGGAGGAAGAGGAGAAGAUCAAACGGGCGGUGGGAACGUUCUGCAGCAACCAGCCGUCUGCGCUGGAGCUCAUCAAGACCAGGCAGAAGAAGGACCAGCGGUUCAACGUGUUCGUGCAGGAAGCUGAGAGCAACCGCUUGUGCCGCAGACUGCAGCUGAAAGACAUCAUUCCUGUGGAAAUGCAAAGAGUGACCAAAUACCCACUCCUACUGGACAAUAUAGCAAAAUACACAGAGGAUGGUGAGGAGAGGCAGAAGGUGAAGAGAGCCGAAGAGUGCUGCAAAAAGAUCCUCAACCACGUCAACCAGGCGGUGAAGGAGGCUGAAAACAAACAGAGGCUAGUGGAGUAUCAGCGAAGACUAGACGUCUCGUCUCUGAAACAGUGUGAAAACCCUGUGAUCCUGGAGCUGAGGAAUCUGGAUCUGACCAAGAGAGCGAUGGUACAUGAGGGUCCCCUCUCCUGGAAAGUCAAUAAAGACAAGACAAUUGAGCUUUACACGCUUCUCUUGGAGGACAUCAUGGUUUUACUUCAGAAACAGGAUGAGCGUCUGGUUCUGAAGUUUCACGGCAAGAACAUGACGAGCGUUCAGGACGCCAAGCACAGCUUCAGCCCCGUCAUCAAGCUCAGCACCGUCCUGGUUCGCCCUGUAGCAACUGAGAACAAGGCCUUCUUCGUCCUGUCCAUGUCCGAGAACGGCGUCCAGAUGUACGAGCUGAUGGCUCAGACGGUGUCCGACAGGAGAACGUGGCAGUUUCUGAUCACGCAGUGUGCCGACGCCAUGAAGGCCAAACCUCACCACGUCAUCCGGCCCCCGGCUCAGUCAGAAGCCGAACGGGUCGCUGUGGAGCUCCUGAACCGAGAGAUGCCCAAACAGAGCUGCGAGCCCAGCGAGGCGCUGAGCGAGAGCCUCCAUCCGUCAGACAAAGAUGGGCCGUGUUCUCCUGACAGCCAGGCUUCAACCAACCCCUUUGAUGGCUUGAAAUCUGAAGAUGAGGAGGAAGAGGAGCUGCCAGGCGCAGCGCGGCAGGAGGAGGAAGACGAGGUGGACGAAACGGAGCUGGAGGACUUCCUGGACGGGCAGCUGGCAGACCGCCUCCUGCAGGAAGGCUCUCGUCAGGGCAUCGCCGUAGCAGUGGAGGACAUGGAGUUUACGUCGCCCUCCUCCAAAGCCGAAGAGGCUCUGCGGACAUUGGCCAUGCUGAAGGAGACUCUCUACUCCCACAUGAUGAGCAGAGAAGCAGAGGAGGAGACGGACGGGAACAAACCCGUCGGGGCCCCUGAGAGCCAACCUGGGAGCCCCGAGGGCCCGUCUGCUGCCCAUGACGAGAGUCCAGAGAAUGACGACCCGCAGCCCUCCUCUGUCCUCCCAGCGGAGCCUGAAGCUAACAAUGGUUUCGUGGGUCUGGACUUUGAGGCGGGCUCCGGAGAGAGCAGCGCCGACGACGACGUCGGCAUCGACAUGAGGAAGCUGCUGUCCUCCUCCUCGCAGGCAGGGGGCGCCGGCCCCGACCUGAGCAGGCGGCUGAUGACCCACCUGCGCCUCCUGCAGGCCGACCUGCAGUACCUGAAGGACGUGGAGCAGAAGUACAACGACCUGCAGCGGAUCCACAGCGACGGAACCACAGACUCAGACGACAACAACGAGGGACUCCAGUGAUCGUAGACCUGAUCGGCUUUGGGUCGCUCUGCUUCACUUUAACCCCAGGAAACACGGAGGUUUCUACUGCACCGCUGCUGCAGACGCGUCUCACUGGACAGAGUCGUUUACCGCAGUCAGUAUUAACUCAACAAGCCUCAAUAAGCUGGAGCGGAGGAUAAUUAAUCUUUUUUUUUUUUCUUUUUUUUUGCUAUAAAAUCAAUCAUUUAAAUGAUCGUAAACACUGGAUGGAUGAGACGGAAAACUUGAGUUCAGGACUCCAUGAAGACACCGUCAGCAUAAAAUAAAACCUGCGUGGAAAUAAAAGUGUCAGACUGCAGCCAUCCAACGAUGGUAUUUCUUCAUAGAUAAAAGGAUUCGGAUGUUUCUGGAUUAUGGACUUUCCAGCAAUCCUGAGGCUGACAAACUGAAAUACUCCGUUGUUUCUUGUGAAUUCAGUCAAGCAGAAGUGAGAGUUACGGUAGAAACUGUUCAUACCUGAUGCCAAACUCUUGAAUUCUGGGUAGUUUUAUUCCUCCGUUUGGUUAGUUUCUUCUGGCAGGAAAUGAUUUUAGACAAACGACGAGCACUGAAAGCAGACAUGGCGAGUCCAGUUUUCCCACGUUUCAUUUUGCACCGCUGGGAUCCUUCCUGAUGUCAGACUUCCUGAUGUUAACCCUUCAUGUGUCGGACCUUUGUCUAAAUGGAGUCAGCCCAAGGCUUUACAAAAACUAAUUUCCUUGUGAGAAUUAAAAAAAUUCAAGCAUUGCCAUCAAAAGCGACCUUGAACACCUCCUCCCUACCAAAUCAUCCAUUGUCUAUAAAACACUCUCCGCGCAGAAACACCCUAGGCAGGGAUUCGAACCCAGGACCUUUUUGCUACAAGGCGACAGCGGCUCCAUCAUACGGCCUUUGCCAAAAUGUGUGUGGUUCGUAGGAUAAUUAUGUCUUUUUUUCCAAGGAGUUGGAAGCAGCAGUGCAGUGAUUUAAUGGGGUUUGGAAAAGUUUGGUUUUUAAAUUAUAUUAUUCAGGGUUUUUUUUAAACAAUGUAAAAAAAAUUAAAAGAAAAUAUAUGAAAAAGAAACAAACGAAAACAUCUAAUUUAAGGUAAUGAUUAGUUAUUUAUUCAAUGUAAAACCAUCAAGUCGUAGUUUUUGUCUGCUGCACUGCCCCCUAGUGGUUUAAAGUUGAAAACAUUACUUUAAAUUUAUCUUAAAAAUUCUAAACUUGUUCAAC